GACAUAAUCAUACAUAUAAUAUAACCUUCUCUGUCAGCCUGAUCAAUAAUGCUGGAGCUGGUAGAGGUUAAAGUAGACUGCGAGGCGAAGGUGGGAGAGCUUGCUGAGGAGGCGAGAGUUAGAAAUUGCUAGAAGCUUUGGAUUGGACUUCAGUUGAAAUGGAACGUAAGCUGAGGCCUUCUGAAAUUUCUGCAAGUUCACUCUCUUCUGCUAGCAAUCCAUCCUUAAACCUUGAUUUGAAUUAUUCCUUCACCCAAAUGAGCUCUAAUGGUUUGUGUUUCAAUCUCCAGGCUGAGAAUUCUAGGUUGCUGCCUUUAGAAAUCCAAUCCUUUCUCUUGAACUCUUCCCGUGAUCAGAUUGUUAGGAAUUCUACUGGUGAUUGGGAUGUUAAGACCAUACUCAACAAUCUAUCUUUCCUUGAGCAGAAGAUCCACCAAGUUCAGGACAUUAUCGGUUCCAUUGUUAACGAGAAGAGCGAAAUCACUCUCAGGCCAAAUGAAUUCGCGAUUCAACAGCAAAUUGUGACUACUGAUCUCACUUCUAUUAUAGUUGACUUGAUCUCUACAGCAGGAAACCUUCUUCCAUCCAUUAAAAAAAACCUCUUAUCUUCCAAACCUCCUCCUGAUCAAUUUUGCAGUAAACUUAGUUCCUCAACUAGUUUGAAAGUUGACACCCCUUUGCCAAAGUAUGAGCAGACUUCUUUGGAGAAGGAAAAAUCUGCUAGUCUAGGAGAUUGCGACGGAGAACCGCACGAGUUAGAUCACAUUGAAGACCAUGAUGUGAAGGGAAGUGAAGAUGGAGCCGAGCUCGAUAACCUUCCACUGGGUUCUUAUGAAGUCUUACAGUUGGAAAAGGAGGAAAUUUUGGCACCACAUACUCACUUUUGUUCAAUAUGUGGGAAGGGAUUUAAGAGAGAUGCGAACUUGCGAAUGCAUAUGAGAGGCCAUGGUGAUGAGUACAAGACUCCAGCUGCCCUCGCCAAGCCAAUGAAGGACUCAGACUCUACUAUUAUCAAGAGGUACUCAUGCCCCUUUGUUGGGUGCAAGAGGAACAAAGAGCACAAGAGUUUUCAACCUCUAAAGACACUACUAUGUGUUAGAAACCAUUACAAGAGAAGUCACUGUGAGAAAAGCUAUAUGUGCGGUAGGUGCCUUACCAAGAAAUUCUCAGUUCUAGCUGAUCUUAAGACUCAUGAGAAGCAUUGUGGCCUUGAUAAGUGGCUUUGCUCUUGCGGAACAACAUUUUCAAGGAAGGACAAGUUGUUUGGGCAUGUAGCUUUGUUCCAAGGACAUUCUCCUGUGCUGCCAACCGAUGAAGGCUGUUAUGGCUCGGGAUCAGCAGAGCAUCGAAAUGACUAUAAGGUUGGAGUUGAAGAAGAUGGUAUAGGAUAUUUCUUCUCUUCAAACUCUGAUAAUGGUGUUAUAUAUGAUACCCAAACUUGUGAUGAUGGCCUUGGUUAUUUGUCAACUCUGAGCUUUGAGCCAAACGACUAUGGCGUAAGUGAUGAAUUCAUGAAAGCAACAUCCGGUCUUAUAGAGAAUUCAUCCUUUCUUUCUUCCUGAUUGUGGUCAGAGAAAUUAUUCUGUGCGGAAUCCGAUCGUAGAGGAUCUUUCGGAUUACUGGACGCAAUGCGUACACUCUGCGUAUUUGUAGAUACGUAGUAAAUAAGCAACAAAUCCUCACAACUAAUUAUUUGCUGCUUAUUUACUGCGUAUCUAUAAAUACGUAAUAUGUACGCAGUAAAUACGCAGAGCGUAGGGUGAGCUUACGCAUAGUGUACACAGUAAUCCGAAAGAUUUUCUAUGUUCGGACUCCACACAGAAUAAUUUACCCAAAAGAAGGGCGAGGCCUUCAGUCCCAGUUGUAUUUUUAGAACUGAUUGUUAAUAUAUAUUAUAUUUCCGUUAGACUAUGGAUCUACUUCAUGUAUGCCUUAAAUAGCAUAGUUUCUUUGACAGCUGAUGAAUUCAUUUAUCUUAUAUUUAAUUAUUAAA